ACAAGUUUAAAAAAAACUGAAGAAGAAUCUUGACCUCAGUUCUCUUCUUCUUCUACUUCUUGAGAAUCUUGACUUCAGAUCUUAUAUUAUUAUUACUUUAGGUUUAAGUUUCUGUCUACUUCACUCUGCACAUUAGUUUUGGGGUUUAAGAGUUGAAGUAGUGGAGAAGAGUGAUGGCUAAAUUAGGAAAGACAAAUUUAGAUUCAGGAUGGAUUGCUGCAAGAUCUACUGAAAUUCAUCUUGAUGGAAUUCAGCUCACUACUACUCACCCCCCUUCUCUUUCUUCCAAUUCUUCAAAUUGGAUUGAAGCUGUUGUUCCUGGAACUGUUUUAGGAACACUGUUAAAGAACAAGCAAAUACCAGAUCCUUUCUACGGAUUAGAAAAUGAUGCAAUUAUUGACAUUGCUGACUCCGGAAGGGAUUACUAUACGUUUUGGUUCUUUACUACUUUUAAGUGUGCAAAGUCAGCAAACCAGCACGUGGAUCUGAAUUUCCGUGCGAUUAAUUACUCUGCUGAAGUGUAUUUGAAUGGACACAAAAAGAUCUUGCCUAAGGGGAUGUUUCGUAGACACUCUCUUGAUAUUACUGAUAUUCUGCACCCUGAUGGUAAUAAUUUACUAGCAGUUCUUGUUCAUCCGCCAGACCAUCCAGGUAUAAUUCCUCCUGAGGGGGGUCAAGGCGGUGAUCAUGAGAUUGGAAAAGAUGUUGCUGCACAAUACGUUGAGGGUUGGGACUGGAUGACGCCAAUAAGGGAUAGGAACACUGGCAUCUGGGAUGAAGUGUCUAUCUCUGUUACCGGGCCGGUGAAGUUAACCAAUCCUCACUUGGUUUCAUCCUUCUUUGACAAUUAUACGAGAGUAUAUCUACAUUCUACUGUUGAGUUAGAGAAUAGAAGUGCUAGGAUUGCAGAAUGCUCUUUGAAUAUCCAGGUUUCAACUGAACUUGAGGGAAAUAUGUUCUUAAUUGAGCAUCAUCAGACGAGUAAUUUGUCAAUUCCUCCUGGUGCACAUAUUGAUUAUACACUGCCUCAGCUCUUUUUCUACAAGCCCAAUUUGUGGUGGCCUAAUGGCACGGGGAAGCAAUCCCUUUACAAUGUUGAGAUCACUGUUGAGGACAAGGGAUUUGGAGAGUCUGACUCUUGGAGCCAACAUUUUGGAUUCCGCAAAAUUGAGAGCUCAAUAGAUAAUGCUACUGGCGGAAGGUUGUUUAAGGUCAAUGGACAACCGAUUUUUAUCCGCGGAGGGAACUGGAUACUGUCAGAUGGGUUAUUGCGUCUGUCAAAAGAACGAUACGAAACAGAUAUUAAGUUUCACACAGAUAUGAACUUUAACAUGAUCCGCUGUUGGGGUGGUGGAUUGGCUGAGAGGCCGGAAUUUUAUCACUAUUGUGAUAUUUAUGGUUUGCUGGUGUGGCAAGAAUUCUGGAUAACAGGAGAUUGUGAUGGAAGAGGUGUUCCAGUAUCAAACCCUGAUGGUCCUUUGGACCAUGGCCUUUUCUUGAUAUGUGCAAGGGACACUGUGAAGCUCCUAAGAAAUCAUCCCAGUCUUGCUCUCUGGGUUGGAGGAAAUGAACAAACACCACCAGAUGACAUUAACAAAGCUCUGAAGAAUGACUUAAAGCUCCAUCCAUUAUUCAAAUUUCCAACUGAUACAAGCAACUCCUUGAAAAGAUUUGAUGAUCCUAGUAAAUAUCUUGAUGGUACUCGUGAUUACAUCCAAGGUUCCAUGUGGGAUGGCUUUGCAAACGGGAAGGGGGAUUUCACUGAUGGUCCAUAUGAAAUCCAGAAUCCUGUGGACUUUUUCAAGGAUGAUUUUUACAACUAUGGUUUCAAUCCUGAAGUUGGUUCUGUGGGAAUUCCUCUUGCAGCUACCAUCAGAGCAACAAUGCCUGAAGCAGGAUGGAAAAUUCCUUUGUUUAAAAAGCUUCCUGAUGGUUACAUAGAAGAAGUAGAAAACCCCAUCUGGAAGUACCACAAAUACAUUCCAUAUUCAAACCCCAAGAAGGGGGUUUCAGAUCAGAUAGAACUAUAUGGGCUCCCAAAGGACCUAGAUGAUUUUUGUGAGAAGGCACAACUUGUCAAUUACAUCCAGUAUAGAGCUCUGCUUGAAGGCUGGACUUCUCGUAUGUGGACAAAAUACACGGGUGUUCUAAUAUGGAAGACUCAAAAUCCUUGGACUAGUCUUCGGGGUCAGUUCUACGAUCAUCUUCAUGACCAAACAGCAGGUUUUUAUGGCUGCCGCAGUGCAGCAGAGCCAGUUCAUGUCCAGCUUAACCUAGCGACAUACUUCAUUGAGGUUGUCAACACAACUGCAGAUGAGCUAAUUGAUGUGGCAGUGGAAGCCUCAGUUUGGGAUCUAGAUGGUACAUGUCCUUAUUAUAAAGUAACAGAUAAUAUCUUUGUGCCAGCCAAAACUACCCAAACCACUAUUGAAAUGAAGUAUCCAAAAACUAAGAAUGCGAAACCAGUUUACUUCCUCCUCCUCAAGCUUUUCAAGUGGUCAAAUAAAGCUAUCCUUUCCAGAAACUUUUAUUGGUUGCAUCUCCCAGGUGGGAAUUACAAGCUUUUAGAACCUUACAGGAAGAAGCAAGUUCCCCUUAAAAUAAUAUCCGACGUUAUGAUCAGGGGAUCCACUUACAAAAUCGAUAUGACCUUACAAAACCGCUCGAAGACCACAAAUAUGGAAACUGUAAGGUACAGGAAUCAUUUGAGCACUACAGAAGAUCUUGAUAUGGGUGAAAGCUUUUCGGAGGAGAAACGAAAAACUGGUUUGUUGCACAGAGUCUACAGAAGUUUCUCAAAGCCAAGUAACGAAGGUUCAAAAGUAGUAGAAACAAAUGGGAUGGACUCUGGAGUUGCAUUCUUUCUCCGUUUUUGUGUUCAUUCUACAAAGAAAAACACGAAAGAAGGGGAGGAUACAAGAAUUCUUCCGGUCCACUAUUCCGAUAAUUAUUUCUCUAUGGUGCCCGGCGAGAAAAUGACGGUUACUAUUACUUUUAAGCUACCUCCAGGAGUUACUCCACGUGUAACGCUUCUUGGGUGGAAUUAUGAAGAGGCACAUUCUGUCUAUUGAGAUUUGUAAACAAUGACAACUAUCCUUUAUACUAUUUGGUAGAGGAUAAUAAAGAUAGUGUCACAAGAACAAUUCUCUGACAGAGUUAUUGUAUUAGAGAUUUAUAAUCGAAUAAAUUAUUAUAUUGAAUAACCACAAGUUUUA